GCUAGAUGAUUAGUAAAAUGUUGCCCAGUCCACACGUAAAUAGACACUCUUGAAUCCGCAAAUUUUCUUUGAAGAUGGGGCUUCCUGUUCGCACGAAUUCAAUCAAAAUCUCCGCGUUUCUCGAAUUCGCUCUCCGGAAUAGAAAUUUUUAAAUACACUAUGAAUUCGACGUGUUGAUGCUCGGAUCCGGACGUGUUUUACGGUUUGACGAGACACUGCUUGAUUGUGCAUGUCCUGACAAAAAUAUUAACGGAAGACCUGUGAAAACUACAGUGAAUCCGAAGGUGUGGGGAUGGCCGGAUUCGAUUUGAAUACGCUAGGUGUGGACCCAAAAGUUUUUGAACCCCUUAGAGAAUAGUUUGAGAAAUAUCCGCAUAAGUGUGAAUUGGAUCUCAGUUAAUUGAUUUUAUAUCAGUAACUGACUCACAACAGAAGCCUGCAGUCUGCAAAAAGUUUGGUGACCCACUCUAGUCACGUGAUCUUGGAGAAGAAAUAGUUCACGAUCGUAUACGCCUAUUUUAUUACGUGCUGAACUCCAAUCGAAGAAGUCGCGGACUGAGCUGCUGUUUCACAUGUUUCUGCCCGGCACUCUCAAAGAAAGACAGGUAAAAAGUAUCCAGGAAAAAAUGAGCAAGUCACUGAAAGCAGUAUCACCUAUUCUGAGCUGCAGCAAGCUACUAAGAUCUGAUCCGUUUAUCAAUGGGACCUGGGUGAAAUGCAAGAAGACAUUUCCAGUGUAUUCUCCAUCGACUGGUGAGCAUCUUAUUGAUGUUGGCGAUGUUGAAGAAGAACAUGUCCAGCUUGCAAUCGACGCAGCAGCUAAUUCUUUAAAGGACUGGAGCAUGCUAAGUGGAAAAGAGCGUGGAGCUCUCUUGAUAACGUUUUAUGAAAAUGUUAUGAUUCACAAAGAGCCAUUGGCACAGAUCAUGUCAGCAGAAUGUGGACGACCAAUAAAGAAGACAAGACUGGAGGUUGAUUAUGGUGCUUCAUUUUUACAGUGGUUUGCUGAAGAAUCCAAGCGAAUAUAUGGUGAUAUGAUUCCUGCUCCAAGCAACAGUAGCAGAAGAUUUGUAUUGAAAAGGCCAGUUGGUGUCGUAGGGCUUAUUACUCCAUGGAACUUUCCAUUGGCAAUGAUUACCAGAAAACUAGGAGCUGCCAUGGCUGCUGGUUGUACUUCAGUUAUCAAACCAUCAGAGGAAACUCCAUUAACAGCCUUAGCUUUGGCUGCCAUUGCAGAGGAAAGUGGCAUUCCAGCUGGUGUUAUCAAUGUACUUACGUGUUCAAGCGAAAGCACUCCAAUGGUAGGAGACCUACUUUGUGACAGUCAGAUAGUGCGUAAGAUUUCCUUUACUGGCUCUACAGCAACUGGUAAGCUCCUUCUUAAGAAGUCAGCUUCCAGUGUCAAAAGAAUGUCACUGGAACUUGGUGGAAAUGCCCCUUUCAUUGUAUUCAACUCUGCAGAUAUCGAUCUGGUUGUCAGGGCAGCACUCUCUGCCAAAUUUAGGGCCAAUGGCCAAACAUGUAUUGCUGCUACACGGUUCCUUAUCCAGGAUGGGGUUCACCAAAACUUCAUUCAAGAAAUGACAAAAGCUGUGAAAAGCCUUGUUGUGGGUGAUCCAUUUGAUCAAGGUACAGAUGUCAGCUCACUAAUAAAUGAAAAAGGUAUGAAAAAGGUGGAGACUCAUGUCCAGGAUGCAAUCAGUAAAGGGGCGCUGCCGCUUGUUGGCUGUGAACGACAUCGUCUAGGCCCAAACUUUUACAAACCCAGUAUUAUUGAUGGCUGUGAUGAGACAAUGCUUGUCAUGAAAGAAGAAACUUUUGGGCCAGUUAUAUCUGUGAUGAAGUUUCAUUCUGAAGAAGAUGCUAUCCGCAUUGCAAACAAUUCAAAAUAUGGUUUGGCAGGAUAUGUUUUUUCACAAGACAUUGCGCAAAUUGUCAGAUUGUCUGAAAACAUUGAAGUAGGAAUGUUGGGUGUAAACGAUGGUGCUAUUUCAAGUGAAAUGAUUCCAUUUGGUGGAAUCAAGGAGUCAGGCAUUGGCCGGGAAGGAUCAAAGUAUGGUAUAGAUGAAUACCUCGACUUAAAAUUUGUCUCUCUUGGAGGACUGAAGUCAUCUCUCUAGAGCCAGGGAUAGGCAGAGAAGGACUGAAGUAUGGGUUGAUGACAAUUUUGAGUAUAAGUUCACGUCUCUAAGGAGGCUGAAUUAGCCUGUCUGAAAUUAUAUUUCAUCCGUCUUUGUAGUAUUUUCACACCCACCAUUUAUACGUCCUUACUUCAGUACUCAAAUUUAUAUUUUUCAUUAAAGGACAAUCUUAAUGUUUAUCAAUUUAUCUAAUUAUUUGAAUUAGCAUAUUUAGUUAAAGUUCAUCCCUCUCGGGAAAAGUAUAGCAUAAAGCAAAAUUGUACACUUUACUUCUCUCGCCCUCAAGUCAAUAAUUGGAGAAUUAAUUGAGGGGGGGGGGGUGUUUUUAACUUUUUACAUUCUACAUCUAUAAUCUUACUAAAACCAUUUUAUCUUUGAUAGGUUUUGUAGAAAUUUCUUUUUAAAAUUAACGACUUAUUGUUUAAUGCAUUCGGAAAUUUGUUUUCCCAUAAGAUUUUUAAUGUUUUAUAUGAUUGUUAAGAUACGAAUGGAUUGGAUACAUGGGGGUCGACCUUUAAUUUUUGCCGGGGAUGGCUCAAACUUUGAAAAAAAUAUUGUUUCAAAAAGGGUUAGUAUAAAUGCUUUAUUUCCACCUUUGCUGCGUAGUCGGCACCUAUGCAUGGUUUUCGAGUAUAACGUCUUUGGAAUUGUUAAGAAUCUUUUUUAAGUUAGACAUUUAGAGACUUCUUUUGGUCUAGUUUAGACAGUAGAAUUGCUACUUAUCGCUACUUAUCCAAUUUUAAGCAUUGUCAAGUUAAAGAACUUUUGAGACAAAGAUUUGUUUCUUUAUCUCUUGUAUAUCUGGACUGGACUAUAUAUCUGGAGGAUCAAAGCUGCCGAGAGGGGAGCAAGGG